CCCCGGACUGUCUCCCCUCCUGGCAUGCUGCCUCUCACCGUUUAGCAUGGCCCCCACCUCUGUACAAGCUCCCCGCAGAACAAGAGCUGACUGAGGCCAUGUCAGCGGUGUGGAUCAGCUCCUCGCUACUGAGGUCCAGGGCAACUCACCUCAGACAGCUCAGUGUGUUCUCUAGAAGGGCUGUGUUACAACCUCUACAGGUGGUCUCCUCACUACAGAAGACAUGGACACCUGGGAACCCAACCUGGUGCUGUAGAUCCCUCCAUGUGGACAGUCCCCCCCUGGUCCCAGGGCAGAGCUUCAGCUACGUCCAUGGGGCCUCCUCAGUGUCCCUGCUGGGCCAGACGGUGGGUCAGAGUUUGCAGGCGGCAGCUGACCGCUGGCCCCACAGAGAGGCCCUGGUGUUCCUGCAGGAUGGAGUCCGUAAGACCUUCUCCCAGUUUCAGGAGGACGUUGACCAGGCCGCUGCAGGUCUCCUGGCCCUGGGUCUGAAGAGAGGGGACAGACUAGGAGUCUGGGGGCCCAACACAUACCACUGGAUCCUGUUUCAGUUUGCCACAGCCAAGGCUGGCAUCAUACUGGUGUCGAUAAACCCAGCCUAUCAGCUGAAGGAGCUGGAGUUCACCCUGGGGAAGGUGCAGUGUAAAGCUGUGGUGUGUCCCACCCAGUUUAAGACCCAGAGGUUCUGUGACAUGCUGAGACAGAUCUGCCCAGAGAUGAACACAGCAGAGUCAGGGGUCUUCAGGAGCUCCAGACUACCAGACCUGCGUAUGGUGAUUGUGACAGACAGCAGACAGACAGGGACUGUACAUGUAGAGGAUGUGAUGCAGGCUGGAAGCAGACAGCACCACCAGGAGCUGCAGGACCUGCAGACCAAACUGUCCUUCGACGACCCCAUCAACAUACAGUUCACAUCCGGAACAACAGGAAAUCCUAAAGGUGCCACCCUCUCCCACCACAACAUUGUCAACAACGCCUAUUUUGUAGGUCUACGUCUGGGAUUCAACUGGAAGCCUAUAAGAGCGUGUGUUCCUGUUCCCCUGUACCACUGCAUGGGCUCAGUGUUAGGAGCGAUGUGUUUGGCACUGCAUGGCAUCACCCUGGUCUUCCCCUCUGCUGGGUACGACAGCCGUGCCAACCUGGAGGCCAUUCAGAAUGAAAGGUGUAAUUUCCUCUACGGAACUCCUACCAUGUACAUUGACAUGCUUGGACAGCCUGACCUACACAACUAUGACCUGUCCUCAGUUGAAUCUGGGUUUAUGAGUGGGUCUCUUUGUCCUCCUGAAGUCAUGAAGAAACUCAAAACUGAUAUGAAUGUCAAUGAUAUGAUAAUAGGCUAUGGGACCACAGAGAACAGCCCUGUAACAUUCCUUGGUUUCCUGCGAGACAACGAGGAACUGAAGACAGAGACGGUGGGAUGCAUCCUGAACCACACUGAGGCGAAGGUGGUGGAUGUGUCCUCUGGAGAGGUGGUUCCUCUGGGGGAUCCAGGAGAGCUGCUGAUCAGAGCUUACUCUGUUAUGUUGGAGUACUGGGAGGACCCAGACAAGACCAGUGAGGCUAUCGCCAAAGACCGCUGGUACAGAACCGGUGACAUAGCCAGUCUGGACAGGUUUGGGUACUGCCGUAUAGUGGGACGUAUAAAGGACAUGAUCAUACGUGGAGGAGAGAACAUCUACCCUGCUGAGAUAGAGAAGUUCCUUCACACCCAUCCCAACGUACAGGAGGCCCAGGUGAUUGGCGUGAGAGAUGAGAGGUUGGGGGAACAGGUGUGUGCCUGUAUCAGACUGAAGGAGGGACUGGACUGCAGCAGAGAGGAGAUCAGAGACUUCUGCAAGGGACAGAUUUCUCACUUCAAGAUCCCCCACUAUGUGGUGUUUGUGGACAGCUAUCCACUGACUGCCUCUGGAAAGAUCCAGAAGAAUAAACUGAGGGAGGAGAUGGAGAAGAAGCUGGCUCUGUGAUGGACAGAGGGACCGAGACAGACUGGGCUAAUAGCAACCCACGUUGAGCACCGUUGAUCUCUCGUUAAACCAUCAAUAAGAUCAUCCACACAGUGAAUCUGAAUUACAACCACUGACAUUUAGUUGUGGCUGCUGCCAACAUUUUUAUUUGUUUACUAUUUUGUCCUCUGGUGGGUAAUAUCUUCAGAUUAAUCACUUAACUAUUUGACAAUCAUUUUGUUCAAAUGAAAUGAGGCAUUUCCUUGUUUACCACAGAGAAUCUACUGUGGCAAUUGACCCUCCACAUGUUAUGAAUGGAAAGGUCAGGUUGGUGUACCUACUUGUAUUUCCAAUGUAAUCCAUUAAUGAGUAAUCCAUCCAUUAAUAUAAUCCAUUAACUUGCCUUUAUAAUCAAAAGGGGAACAUACAAUAUCCCUGAACUGUCCACAUCUAACAUUGGUAACUAAAUCAAGCCAAUCAUGAUUUGAG